AUGAAUGCAGCGCAACCGGGCGCGGCUCCCGCGGCAUCUGCAGCCCCAGCCAGCCAAAAGAAAAAGAGAAAAAAGAAGCCGCCCCGAAGACAGCGGCCGGCUUUCGCCCAGCUCAUCCUGUGGAGCGUGGACUUCUCCAAGAACCGCAAGGGCUUCUCCCUGGCGGACAUCGAGAAGGAGCUGGUCGCGACGGGGGUCGACGUCCAGAGGAACAAAAGCCGCAUUAAAGCGGCGCUCAAGAAGCUUGUCACCAACAACAUCCUGUGCAAGGUGCCCGGAGUGACCGGGGCUCCCGGCUCCUACAAGCUCUGCAAGGACCCAGCGAUCGGCAAAACGCAGCUCGCUCUGCAGCUGCCCAAGACCAAGAAGCCGCCGAAGCAAAAGAGACAGGUGGAUACCAGGCCCCCUGCCAACCCAGACGCUAGAAAGGUCAAGAAGAAAAACCUACACGUGGGGCCAAAAAAGGACCCCGGGAAAAUGAGGAGCGUGGCCGAAGGCAAAGGAGCGGGGAAAACCGCGGCCUCCUCUGCUCGCUGCUCCAAGCGGAAAACUUAA